UAACCUUCAUUCUACAUCAGUGCUACAAGUGCUCUACAAGUGCUCACAGGCUUAGUUCUUAACUCUUAGUUCGCGAAAUGAAGGAUUAUAGCGUCAUUCUUUACUGUGUUGUGGUCAUUAUAUGUAUCGCUAAAGUCGAUGGUGCUGAACAAAACAUUCCUAAUUCAUCGUUUAUCGAUGCUGAAUAUCAGCUGAUAGCAGCCAGGCUGGAUGAUCUUCAGAAAACGCUGACGGAGAUAAAAUUAGCAAUGAACGAAGAUCGAGCCGCUACUGAGAGAAAGCUACCUGAUGAGUUAAAUCUACUACAGCAUGCAAUAUUCGACAAGCUCACCACCCUGCAGCAUCAGUCCAAUAAAAUGGUCUUUGAGCAAAUAGCCAACACUACUGCCGAACAGAUUAGGAAGGAAAUUCAAAAGCUGGCAUCAAAGGAAGAUCUCGCCUUGUUUAAGGUGGAUCCAGGAUUAUACUUUCGCAGUAUUUCGACUCGAUCGUGCAAGGAAGAGCCAUCGAAUCGCACAGGAGAGUUUUUGAUACAACCUACUCAAAACGAUGAACCUUUCCUGGGAUAUUGCGAACAGACUGCUUUCGGAGGAGGUUGGUUAGUGUUCCAGUACCGUUACGAUGGAUCGGUCGACUUUUACCGCAACUGGACCGAGUAUCGAAACGGGUUCGGCAGCAUGGAUGGAGAAUUUUGGCUCGGACUGGAGCAGUUACACCGUUUGACGGCGGCUCGAAAGCAUGAACUGCUGGUGGAGCUGAAAGACUUCGAUGGAAACUACAUUUACGCACGGUAUGAUGAGUUCGCAAUUGGCAGUGAGAAGGAGCAAUAUCCGUUAGCAAAGCUGGGAUCAUACACGGGAACGGCAAGAGACUCAUUGUAUACCCACAAGGGCAUGAAGUUCUCGACCAAGGAUCGGGACAACGACUUGGUAAGAUCAAACUGCGCUAGUAACUGGAAGGGAGCAUGGUGGUACAACGCAUGUCACGAUUCAAAUCUAAAUGGACUUUAUAGGAACACUGUAGGUAGAGAAAAUAUGGUUUGGUACUACUACAAUUCAUCUAAGGCAGGUUUGUCAUACUCAAGAAUGUUGAUUCGCGAAACGUAACGGUGGAUGAAGUAUAAUUUCCAUCAAAUAAAUAGAAGUUUUGGAACAUUCCGAAGCCAAAGUGAAACAAA